CAUCUGUAGCUCUGAAAAGAAGCUCCAAGCAAUUUUCAUCAAUGGCUACCUUGAUUGCUCCUAAUGAAAUCUCUCCUGUUCAAGAUGCUGAGGCUCUCCACAAGGCUGUCAAAGGAUGGGGCACUGAUGAGAAGGCACUAAUAGCAAUAUUGGGUCACAGAAAUUCAUUUCAAAUUCAGCAAAUCAGACAAGCUUAUGAAGAAAUUUAUGAAGAGAAUCUCAUCAAACGGCUCGAGUCUGAGCUUUCUGGUGACUUUGAGAGAGCUAUGUAUCGAUGGGUGUUGGAACCAACAGAUCGAGAUGCAGUGUUGGCAAAUGUGGCCAUUAGGAAUAGCAAGAAUGUUGAUUACAGUGUCAUAGUGGAAAUCGCUUGUAUUUAUUCUUCUGAAGAGCUCUUGGCUGUGAGACGAGCUUAUCACAAUCGUUAUAAGCGUUCUUUGGAUGAAGAUGUUGCUUCUCAUACCACUGGUUAUCUUCGUCAGCUUUUGGUAGGGCUGGUAAGCUCUUACAGGUUCGAAGGUGAUGAGAUGAAUGCAAGGUUGGCACAAACUGAAGCUAACAUUCUUCAUGAUGCUCUGAAACGCAAGAGUGGCAAUCACGAAGAGGUUAUAAGGAUUCUCACUACCAGAAGUAAGACUCAACUUGUUGCAACUUUCAAUCGCUACAAAGAUGAUCAUGGAACUUCCAUCACCAAGAAAUUGUUGGAUGAUGCCUCUGAUGAAUUCCUCAAGGCAGUGCACACUGCCAUUCGUUGCAUCAAUGACCAUCAAAAGCACUAUGAAAAGGUUUUGCGUAAUGCGAUUAAGAGGAUAGGGAAUUACAGGGAUGCACUGACACGUGUCAUCGUGACAAGGGCUGAGAGGGAUUUGAGAGACAUAAAAGAUCUUUAUUACAAGAUGAACAGUGUGCAUUUGGAGCAUUCAGUGGCCAAGGAAGCUUCUGGAGAUUACAAGAAGUUUCUGCUCACACUUCUGGGACAAUAAUAAGAUUAAGUACUUCGCUGAUCUUUUCUAAUCGAUGAAGCAACUUAUGAUGAAUAAUGUUCGAGUUCAUUAGUUCAUCUUAGUGUAUGUGGUGGUGCAUGUCAUAUUUCAUAUUUCCUCUAAAUUCGAGUCUGUUUCAGUCAUUUUUUAUCAGAGGCACAACCUUGUCUUUCUUUAUCUGUUUUGCGUGUGACCACUUUGGACUCUCUUAUCUCAAUAUUUAGUGCAAGUUGGAUUUAAUUACGUACUAAAAUUAUGAUCAA